AAAUCAGAUCACGACCGAAUCCUGAUGUUCGCAGAACGGAAGGAACACUCACACACUCCUCCAAACAAAGACCAAAGGAACUCUAGAAUACUCUCACUCACUCACAGCAAAACCAAUGGCAGCACGAGAAGCCAACGAAGGCCAAGAGCUGAAGCUGCUCGGCGUGUGGUCGAGCCCGUUCGUUAUCAGGGCCCGCGUCGCGCUCAACCUCAAGGGCCUCGCCUACCGAUACGUCGAGGACGACCUCAACUGCAAGAGCGAGCUCCUCCUCGCCUCCAACCCCGUGCACACCAAGGUGCCUGUGCUCCUCCACGACGGCAGGCCCGUCUGCGAGUCCCGGGUCAUCGUGGAGUAUGUCGACGAGGCCUUCCCGGCAAACGGCCCCCGCUUCCUCCCCGCCGACGACCCAUACCGCCGCGCCGUCGCUCGCUUCUGGGCCUCCUACGUAGAUGACAAGCUCUUCACCACCUGGAUACCCGUUUACAACGGCAGGACGAGCGAGGACAGGGUCGAGGCGGCGAGGCAGGUGGUGGCCGUCCUGGAGAAGUUUGAGCAGGCGUUCGAGGAGUGCUCCGGGGGCAAGGCGUUCUUCGGCGGGGACGCCGCCGGCCUCGUGGACGUCGUGCUAGGCGGCUUCCUCGGGUGGCUGCGCGCGUCCGAGGUGAUGUGCGGCGUGAGGGUUAUCGACCCCGCCAAGACGCCGCUGCUGGCGGCGUGGGCGGACCGGUUCGCCGCGCUCGACGGCGUCAGGGAGGUGAUACCUGACGUGCAGAGGCUGCUGGAGUAUAACAAGAUGAGGCGGGCUCGCAGGGGGCUGCCAUAGCCCAUAGGUGUGCUAGGCCUUGGGCCAUCUAUCUGCCUGCAUUUAGUCAGUCAACUCUAAGAAAAACAUGCAUGUCUUCCAGACAUUUCAAUUGAGAAGCAAGCGAUUGCUUUCGUGCUGAAGAUGCUGCAAAGUUUCUCUUU